UGGCUCAGCGCUGGCGUGACAACCAUACUGCUAUUGUCUUGCAUAUCAAAAGGAAAUUAUUUGACAGUCCUGAUGCUUAUAUAUCUUGGGAUGUGAGUGCAUUGCUCUUUUAUCAACAGGGAAGACCAGGAAUCCCAGCAGGCACUGGCAUGAAAGGAUAUAAGGGACUUCAAGGUCUUUCUGGAAACCGUGGAGUUGAUGGAACUCAUGGGCCACCUGGACAUAUAGGUAUGCCAGGACAAGAUGGAGAAACUGGACCACGGGGAGAAAAGGGAAUGUUGGGAAAACCAGGUCCUCCUGGAAUUCAAGGUCCUGUAGGCCAAAGUGGGGAACCAGGAAUUAGCGGAGCAGCAGGUUCAUCUGGAAGACCAGGGGUCAAGGGUCUGAGAGGGAAGCCAGGGCCAGUUGGGCUGCCUGGCCAUCCUGGGCCCAAGGGAAACAGAGGAAAGGAAGGUCUAAAAGGAAAACCUGGGAGCCCUGGACUUCAAGGACUACCAGGUGCUAAAGGGUAUCCAGGACCUGCUGGUAUACAAGGGAAUAUAGGACCAUGGGGAGCAAUUGGACUUCAGGGAUUUCCAGGUGAUACUGGACCUCGGGGGUCUAGAGGGCCUCCUGGUGUGGCAGGUUACCCAGGUAAAGACGGCCUCCCAGGACUUAUUGGAUCCCAAAGAGUAAAAGGAGAGAAGGGAUCUGCUGGAGCUGCCGGACAACAGGGAGUUGCUGGUGUCGAUGGUGAGGAGGGCCCAGCUGGCACAAGAGGGCCUAUAGGGCCAGCAGGUCAGAAAGGCUCAGCAGGUGAGAGAGGAAAACCUGGGCUUGUUGGUGAAAGGGGAGCCAAGGGGAUCCAAGGUGACCGAGGCAAUAAAGGACCAACUGGACCAAGGGGCCAACUAGGAAAAGAAGGAAAGAGUGGUUCUCCUGGGCAGACAGGAAGACUAGGCCCUCCAGGACAAAAGGGUCAGGCCGGGGUCAGGGGUCGUUCAGGCCUGACAGGGAGCUAUGGCCCUGGUGGAGACAUUGGACCAGGAGGGACAGGAGGAGAGAAAGGCCUACCGGGGCUUGGUGGAGAGCCUGGAAGACUAGGACCAGUAGGACCAGUUGGACCAAAGGGAGUAAUUGGUGCACAAGGAAGAGCAGGGACCUCUGGAAUAACUGGCUCUCGAGGACCCAAGGGAGAUCAUGGGGUGAGAGGAAGUUCUGGGAUGCGUGGUCAAACUGGGAGGAUUGGCAUGAAUGGUUUAAAUGGGAAGAAAGGAGUACUUGGGACAAGAGGAAAAAUGGGUAAGGUGGGCCGCAGAGGUCUCAUUGGCCCUCUAGGAGCUAAGGGUCGGCCAGGAUCUGUGGGGCCACCUGGAGAGAAAGGAACCAAAGGGAAACAAGGACCAAGGGGAAGUCCAGGAAGAACAGGACUGAGGGGGAGCAAAGGUGCUCAUGGGAAAACAGGUGUUCCUGGCCCAAAGGGAAAUAGAGGUCAUGUUGGAAGACCAGGAGAUCCAGGUCUUGGGGGAUUGGAUGGACUGCAUGGGGUUCAAGGAAACCCAGGCGACCCAGGUGACACUGGUUUUCGAGGAAUGCCAGGCAGACCAGGUCAUGCUGCUGGUAGAACUGGUUCUCCAGGAACAACCGGUCAGAGAGGAAUCUUUGGAAAACCUGGAUCAAAGGGUAACCCAGGAUCCAAAGGAAACAAUGGCCCACCUGGGCCAGUUGGACCAAAGGGCCUCCCAGGACUUCAAGGCCUUAAAGGAAGGAGGGGCAUUCCAGGAGAGAAGGGAGAGAUUGGCAUCAGAGGUUUCACAGGAGCAGCUGGGCCAUCAGGAAAAAAAGGAAAACAAGGCCGCCCUGGUCCCAAGGGUCAAAGAGGACAUAAAGGCAUCCAGGGCAAUAUAGGCCCCCAUGGCCCUCCUGGACCCAGGGGAUUUCCUGGUCUGCCAGGCCUGUUUGGGAAAAAGGGAAUGAAAGGGUUUCAAGGAAUGCAUGGUGCCAAGGGAUCAACAGGUCCCCAAGGACCUCCAGGGACACCAGGCAUCCCUGGUGGCAGAACAAAGCAACGCUCUCCAGGCCUCUACAGUAGAAGAGGAUCACAAAAUACUAUGACACGGAGGACACAGCAGGACCAAGGAGAGCAAGGGGAGAGCAGCUGGCCCCUGGGCACUAAAGAGGACCCUGCAACUACAUGCAACGAGCUGGGCCUAAUGCAUUCCCACCUAGAGGAUGGAUUUUUCUACAUGGAUCCCAACCAGGGUUGUCCCUUCGAUGCCCUCCAUGUGUUUUGUAAUUUCACUGCUGGGGGACUGACCUGUCUGCAGCCAGACAAAUCUCAGAUCUCAGGAAUGUGGCCAUCAAACAGUCAGAAGUCCAAAAGCUCUGUCCAGUGGUUCAGCCAGCUUCAUGAUGGCUUUAGGUUUAAGUACACAGGUGUUGAUGUGGUCCAACUGCGGUUUCUCCGGUUGCACAGCAACUCGGCUGUGCAGCAAGUAACUAUAAAAUGCAGUAGUGCUCACAACAGUACAACCAAUCAGAGACCUGUGAUUCAACGGGUUCUUCAUCUCCUUGGAGACUCUUUGAGAGAGAUCAACGGAGCCCACACCAGAGUGUCAAAAAAUGGUUGUGAGGCGGUGGUGCAGGUAAGGGUAGAGGGAAACAGCGAACUGCACCGGGGUGAUCUGGAGCUUCUGCCCCUGAGAGAUCUGGGCAUGGAGAACAGGGGAGACCACUGGGAGAGGGAGAUCAACGCUGUCCUGGGGCCGCUGUGCUUUCUAUAGCACAUGUCUUCAGAGGCCGCCUGGAGAGACGUCUCAAUACCAAAGCUGCUCUUAUACACGGACAGUGGGGGAGCAGGGGUGAACUCUCAAAAAAAUAAAAAGCGAAGACACGAUUUGAAAAGACUUGAAGUGUACAUUUUAGUUACCUUGUCAUUAUGAAAGUAGAGGCAAGUAAACCAGUAAUUGGGUUUUCUCAUGAUUAAGUGUUUAUAGAUGAAAAUCAAAAGGUGCAUCACAGUGAUGUUUGUCAGCAUGUGUGUGUGUCGGGGUCUCUAACAAAAAGGGUUGUAUGUAUUUGUGCUAUAUGAUUGUUAUAUUACUGUAUUAAUUUAUACAAAUAUUAUUGUUUAAAUUCAUUAUCUAUGAUUUUGCUAUAUAUUAAUUGACCAAUUGAUGGCAGAAUCUAAUAUGAUGCUACAGUUUGUACAGUUAUGCAUCAAAAAACUCUGCUUCAAAUGUUCACUUUUGUUUCAGCUUUUGUUUGGUUGCAUGUAUUUGUAUGAUUGCCAAAUCACAAGCAAUACUGUAUAUUGCUGCUCUCCUUUUUCUAAAUAAAGUA